UUUCGUAUCGUUUUCUUCGAAGUUUUCUUUUAAAAUUAAAAUUCUCAAUAUUCUAUUUUCUUUCUACUAUUCAAACUCAACUCAGGACAGAAUCUGGUUGCUUUUAAACCCACAAAGUUUCACAAUUCUCUGAUUUUUGCGAAGUAUUUUCGAUUCGAAGUUCAAAAUUCAAACUCAUUUGAUUUCCCCCUUUUCUCCCUCCAUCUUUUGUUUACCCUCCUAACCUUCCAAAAUACUGAUAACUCGACUGAAAAUUGAUAACUACAAAAUAAUUUAUAAAAUUUACGUAAAUCUGCCAAAAUGUCCGGUAAAUUCUUACAAACUGUUGGUGUAAAUCUUAAAGAUAAGCUGAUCCGUCAAAUAAGCCUUGACUCUGUCAGAUUUCGAGAUGUCAUAUUCCAAAAAGGUCUUUACGAAGGAGCAGAAGAUAAGGAAACACACACAGGCCAGAAAUACGAAAAAGACGAUGCGAGAAGGCUUCGUUUCAUGAACUCGCCAAAGUACGUGAAUCCAAAUGUAGCCAUAGAUUUAAUCGCUCAAGUGCCACCGAUUGCUUCUAAGGAUCGAGUUGUUUGGUGUGAUGGUGGAGAUGAACAUGUCGGACAUCCUAAAGUGUAUAUUAAUUUAGAUAAACCAGGCAAUCACUCCUGCGGUUACUGCGGGCUAAGAUUUUAUAAAGAAGAUCACCACCACGAUUGAUCGUACUCUUGUAAAUAUGUAUGGUUAGUUUCAAUGUAAAAUAUUUGUUUAAAUUAAUAAAAUAUCGUUAUUUAAAACGCA